AUGUCAGCAACACAAUUACUCAACCCCAAAGCAGAAAGCCGUCGGCGAGGAGAGGCCUUACGGACGAAUAUCAACGCCGGCGAAGGUCUACAGGAUGUGCUGAGAUCGAAUCUGGGGCCUUCGGGCACCCUGAAAAUGCUGGUAGACGGAGCAGGAGCGAUCAAACUCACAAAGGACGGCGCAGUACUGUUGAAAGAGAUGCAGAUACAAAACCCUACGGCCGUGAUGAUCGCACGUGCAGCGACUGCGCAGGAUGAUAUUUGUGGUGACGGCACGACAUCUGUUGUGCUCAUGGUUGGCGAGUUGCUCAAGCAGGCAGAUCGCUUCAUUCAAGAAGGCCUCCAUCCACGAGUUAUUGUCGAUGGGUACGACAUGGCAAAAGAGGAAACAUUGAAGUUUUUGGACACAUUCAAGGUCACCCGCUCAAUAGACCGAGAACUUCUGUUGUCCGUGGCUCGAACAUCUCUUUCAACCAAGAUCAACAAGGCUCUGGCCGAGCAACUCACGCCCUCGAUCGUCGACGCAGUGCUCGCCAUUCAACGAGCGCCAGAGAAGCCCGACUUACACAUGGUCGAAAUCAUGAAGAUGCAGCACCGGACCGCCUCGGACACCCAGCUCAUCCGCGGUCUGGCUCUUGACCACGGUGCACGACACCCAGACAUGCCCAAGCGAGUCGAGAAUGCCUACAUCUUGACUCUCAACGUCUCCCUUGAGUACGAAAAGUCCGAGAUCAACUCCGGCUUCUUCUACAACUCCGCCGAACAGCGAGACAAGCUAGUCGCCUCAGAAAGACGCUUUGUGGACGACAAGCUCAAGAAGAUAGUUGCCCUGAAGAACGAAGUCUGCGGCGACGAUCCCAAGAAGUCAUUUGUGGUCAUAAACCAGAAAGGCAUCGAUCCCCUGUCCCUCGAUGUACUCGUCAAGAACGGCAUUCUCGCCCUCCGUCGCGCCAAACGACGCAACAUGGAGCGCCUGCAGCUCGUCUGCGGAGGACAAGCACAAAACUCCGUCGACGACCUCGACCCCUCUGUUCUCGGCUGGGCCGGGUUAGUCUACGAGCACACGCUCGGCGAGGAGAAAUACACAUUUGUCGAAGAAGUCAAAGACCCCAAAUCCGUCACUCUGCUCAUCAAAGGUCCCAAUCAGCACACCAUCACACAGAUCUCGGAUGCCGUACGCGACGGUCUGCGGUCAGUCUACAACACCAUAGUCGACGAGUGCGUCAUUCCCGGCGCUGGCAGCUUCCAGAUGGCCGCCGCACAACAUCUCAUGUCAGAAGAAUUCCAGAAAACCAUCAAGGGCAAAGCCCGCAACGGCAUCGAGGCGUUUGCGAAAGCACUCCUGAUCAUUCCCAAGACCCUGGCGCAAAACUCCGGGCACGACAUUCAAGAUGCUAUAGCUAAGCUAGAUGACGAGCACCGACACGGCAACAUUGUUGGCCUAGAUCUUGUCACCGGUGAGCCAAUGGACCCGGUACAGGAAGGCGUCUUUGACAGCUACCGGGUUCUACGCAACAGUAUUGCGAGCUCGUCGGGCAUCACGAGCAACUUCUUGCUGUGCGACGAGUUGCUGAAGGCACGGCAGAUGUCGCGGCAAGGUGGCCCAGGGGCGCCGGGUGGUGGCGAGGAGUAA